AUGCAUUUCUCGACAAUCACUGCAGCUUUGGCCCUGGUGGUCCCUGCAUCCACUGUCCUUGCUGGUUUCACGAUGUCCUUGGAGCCUAACAAGGGCUAUCAACGCAACGCUACUGCCUCGGUGCUCCGUGCUCAAAGCAAGUACUCCAAGUACCUUGUUGACAGCGUCAACUCGUUCUCCGGAUCUGGUGUUGUGCCUAUGACCGACUAUGAGUACGACAUUGAGUAUUACGGCACUGUCAGUGUUGGUACUCCUCCUCAAAAGUUCAAGCUUGAUUUCGACACGGGCUCCUCCGACCUUUGGUUUGCUGGUGAGGAUUGUACCUCAUGUGGUGACAAGCCCAAGUUCAAGUCUUCCGAUUCUUCCACCUUUGAAAAGGGUGACAAGCCAUGGAAGAUCAGCUAUGGUGAUGGCUCCUCUGCUAGUGGCACCGUUGCUUAUGACGUUGUCGAUCUUGGUGGCCUCAAGAUCAAGAAGCAAGCCAUCGAACUCGCUGACAAGCGUUCUUCCAGCUUUAACAAGGAUCCCAUUGAUGGUAUCCUUGGUUUGGGUUUCAACAGCAUCAACACUGUUAACGAGAAGACCCCCAUGGAUAACCUUAUUGAGCAAAAGCUCAUUGACAAGCCCAUCUUUGGUUGCUACCUUGGCAAGCACAAGGAAGGUGGUGGAGGUGAAUACGUCUUUGGUGACAUCAACAAGGAGCACAUUGAUGGUGAAUUGAAGAAGGUUCCCAUUGAUAACUCUCAAGGCUGGUGGGGUGUUACUGUUGACAAGUCCACUGUUGGUGGCAAGGAAGUCACUGGCAACUUUGAUGCCAUCCUUGACACUGGCACCACUCUUUUGAUCCUCAACGACGACUUGAUCAAGGGUAUUGCUGACGCCUAUGGUGCCACUGCUAACCCUGAUGGUACCUACACCAUCGAUUGUGACACCUCCAAGUUUGAGCCUCUCAAGUUCUCGAUGGCUGGUAACGACUUUGAGGUCUCCCCCGACUCUCUCGUCUACGUUGAGAACGGCGGUAGCUGCAUUGCUGGUUUCGCUAGCGGUGGUUUGUCGGUCAACAUUAUUGGUGACACCUUCCUCAAGAACAACUAUGUUGUCUAUGACCAAGGAACCCCCGAGGUCCAAAUUGCCCCCUCCAAGUAA